GAGAGAGAGAGAGAGAGAGAGAGAGAGAGAGAGAGAGAGAGAGAGAGAUAGAUGGAGGGUAGUAAUGCCGCUGGAGGUGCACCAGUUGCAGCAACAGCACCGCCUGUGCAUCCAGCAAUUGCGCCACUGUCAUUUUUGCUGGGGAGAUGGAAGGGAGAAGGCGAAGGGGGUUUCCCCACCAUCAACUCCUUCAAGUAUGGGGAAGAACUCAACUUCUCUCACACUGGAAAGCCGGUGAUAGCGUAUACACAGAGGACUUGGAAAUUGGCCUCUGGAGAGCCUAUGCACGCAGAGAGUGGUUACUGGCGUCCGAAACCUAAUGGGUCCAUUGAAGUUGUAAUUGCUCAAAGCACUGGUAUCGUCGAAGUUCAGAAAGGCACAUAUGAUACUGGAAAUAAAAUUGUGAAGCUCCAAAGUGAACUUGUGGGUAAUGCAUCAAAGGUGAGAGAGAUUACUCGAGUUUUUGAGGUGGCUGACAGCAAUUUAUCUUAUGUAGUUCAGAUGGCUACUAAUUUGAACAAUCUUCAGCCGCAUCUGAAGGCCCUGCUGAAGAAGGUCUGAUAGAGAUAUCUCCAAGAUGGGCAAAUGGAAACUUGAUUAAGCAUUCCUAAACCCCAAAAUAAA